CUAAGAUGGCGGCUCCGCUGUCGUUGGUGGUGGCGGCCGCCGUGACGGUGCGGGCCGCCCUGUUCCGCUCCAGCCUGGCCGACUUCAUCGCGGAGCGCGUGGAGGUGGGAUCCCCGCUCAGCGCCUGGAAGCGAGUGGUCGAAGGCCUGUCCCUGCUGGACCUGGGAGUGUCUCCGUACUCGGGAGCCGUGUUUCAUGAAACCCCGCUGAUGAUAUACCUCUUUCACUUCCUGGUCGACUACGCCGAGCUGGUAUUCAUGGCAACAGAUGUGCUGACUGCUGUGGCCCUCUACAUGGCCAUCCAGGACUUCAACAAGGGGGUGUUUAAGAAACAGAAGCUUCUCCUGGAGCUGGACCAGUUUGCCCCGGAUGUGGCCGAGCUCAUCCGGACCCCCUUGGAGAUGCGCUACAUCCCCCUCAAGGUGGCCCUGUUCUAUCUCUUCAACCCGUACACCGUGCUGUCUUGCGUGGCCAAGUCCACGUGUGCGCUCAACAACACCCUCAUCGCGUUCUUCAUCUUGGCCACCGUAAAGGGUAGUGCCUUUCUCAGUGCUGUGUUCCUGGCCCUGGCUACUUACCAAUCCUUGUACCCAUUGACGCUGUUCGCACCGGGAUUACUCUACCUUCUCCAGCGACAGUACAUCCCCGUGAAAUUGCAAAGCAAAACGCUGUGGCUCUUCACGGGCCAAUAUGCAGUGAUGUAUGCGGGGAGUCUCCUGGUGAUCAUCUGCCUGUCCUUCUUCCUCCUCAACUCCUGGGAUUUCAUCCCCUCCGUGUACGGCUUCAUCCUCUCCGUCCCGGACCUGACCCCGAACGUCGGCCUCUUCUGGUACUUCUUCGCGGAGAUGUUUGAGCACUUCAGCCUCUUCUUUGUGUGCGUGUUCCAGAUCAACGUCUUCUUCUACACCAUCCCCUUGGCGGUAAAACUCAAGGAGCAUCCCCUCUUCUUCAUGUUCAUGCAGAUUGCCGUCAUCUCCAUCUUCAAAUCGUACCCGACCGUAGGGGACGCCGCCCUCUACCUGGCCUUUCUCCCUGUGUGGAGCCACCUGUGCAGAUUUUUGCGGAACGUCUUCGUCCUCUCCUGCGUCAUCGUGGUGUGCUCCCUGCUCUUCCCAGUUCUGUGGCACCUCUGGAUUUACGCGGGGAGCGCCAACUCUAACUUCUAUUACGCCAUCACGCUGACGUUCAACGUCGGGCAGAUCCUGCUCGUGUCGGAUUACUUCUACGCCUUCCUGCGGCGGGAAUACUACCUGACUCACGGCCUGAACCUGCCCCGCAAGGACGGCACCGAGGCCAUGCUGGUGCUCAAGUAGCCCCGCCCACCGGGAUUCCGGCCAGGACCCCGGCGGGGUUGGGAGAGGAGGAAGAGGAGGAGGGGAGCCAGGCCUAGCCCUGCCCACCCAGCCGUCCGGACCCUGGCCCGGUCCCCGACGGGGCCGGGGCCGGAGGAGGGGAGCCUGGCCCCACGGGGCCCCUUGGACACGGUGUGGGAGGAGCUGAAGGCGGCGUGGAGGGAGGGGGCAGCGAGGCCCUCCCGCCUUGGACUGGACUGGAGUUGCGGGGGCCCCCGAGGGCUCUCCGGACUAGGCGGCCCCGCCGGGUGGGAGCCGGGCUGCCCUGGGGCCCGGCCCGGAGGGGCAGGCGGUCAAGGCCCCCCCCCUCCAGCCCCGUCACCGUCGGGCCCGGUGGCUCCCCCGUCUUCCCCAAACCCCCAUCAGUACCACUACCCUGCCUUGGAUCCCGGCAGCUGGCCUGCCACCCUGAACCCCCUGUGGGGGCCUGGCCCUCCUCAUCGGGGCUGAAUAAACAUCCUUUCCUAGU